CUGCUGAGCAGAAGGAGCUGUGGUUAAUGAUUGACCCGUGGGAGACCUCUCUGCUUUGCUCCUACAAGGCGACCGGGGAGGCCAGUGCCAGGGACCUGGAAAGGAGAGGAGGACCCACAGCCAGGCCAAGUACUGCGGGUCUUGCUCUGAGUUGGGUAGGGAGGUCAGAGCCUCCUUCCCCUGACUGGUCCCUCCUCACUCCAGAGCAGCUAUUUCCAAACACCACCACCACCCACUGGCGCCGCCAGGGAUCCUAGGGUGAAUUAUUCCAGGAAGUUUCAAUGAGAAAGCCGAAAAACUAAGUCACCCUUGGCCAGCCAACCCCAGUGACUUGGAAAGUACUGCGCCUACGCUGGUGAGUUGCGGGAUUUCUCUGGGAAGAGGAAGAAAGGGAAGUGGAGACAUUUGGGAACCUGGCAGCCUGGCUCUUUCUUCCUCAUGGCUUCAUCCAGCGGCUCCAGCGAUGUUUGCUCCCGUGUCAUCGAUCACAACCAGGUCCCCGACUUUGAGGUGGUCACUUGGAUCAAAAUCACCCUCUUCUUGGUGUACCUGGUCAUCUUUGUGGUGGGCAUCUUGGGCAACAGCGUCACCAUCCGGGUUACACAGGUAUUGCAGAAAAAGGGCUAUUUGCAGAAGGAGGUGACAGAUCACAUGGUCAGUUUGGCUUGUUCAGAUAUCUUGGUCUUUUUGAUUGGCAUGCCCAUGGAGUUCUACAGCAUCAUUUGGAACCCCCUGACCACACCCAGCUACCCGCUGUCCUGUAAGAUCCACACGUUCCUCUUUGAGACGUGCAGCUACGCCACAUUGCUGCACGUGCUGACCCUCAGCUUUGAGCGCUACAUUGCCAUUUGCCAUCCCUUCAGGUAUAAGGCCUUGUCUGGACCUUGCCAGGUGAAACUGCUGAUCGGCUUUGUAUGGGUCACCUCGGCCCUGGUGGCGCUGCCCUUGCUCUUUGCCAUGGGUAUCGAGUACCCCCUGGUGUCUGUGCCCACCCGCAGAGGACUCAACUGCAACCUCUCUCGCACCCGCCACCACGAGCAACCCGAGACCUCCAAUAUGUCCAUCUGCACAAACCUCUCCAGCCGCUGGACUGUCUUCCAGUCCAGCAUCUUUGGGGCCUUCUCAGUUUACUUGGUGGUCCUGGCGUCUGUGGCUUUCAUGUGUUGGAAUAUGAUGAAAGUGCUAAUGAGGAGCAAGCGCGGUACCCUGGCCGGAAGCGGGGCACAGCUGCAGAUGAGGAAGUCAGAGAGUGAGGAAAGCCGGACAGCGAGAAGACAGACCAUCAUAUUCCUGAGACUGAUCGUGGUGACACUGGCCGUGUGCUGGAUGCCAAAUCAGGUGCGGCGGAUCAUGGCUGCAGCCAAACCCAAGGAUGAAUGGACCAAGCCGUACUUCAGGGCCUACAUGAUCCUUCUCCCCUUCUCCAACACCUUCUUCUACCUCAGCUCCGUGGUCAACCCUCUCCUCUACAACGUGUCCUCUCAGCAGUUCCGGAAGGUGUUCUGGCAGGUGCUCUGCUGCCGGCUGACCCUGCAGCACGCCAACCAGGAGAAACGCCUGCGUGCCCACUUCAGCUCCGCCAAGGCCAGCACCAGCUCAGCCCGCAGCCCCCUCAUCUUCCUAGCCUCCCGGCGGAACGCUUCCUCCCGGAGAAGCUCUUCCUCCCGGAGAACUAACAAGGUCUUCUUAAGCACUUUUCAGACCGAGGCCAGGCCCGGAGAGGCUAAGCUCCAGCCCUUGAGUCCUGAGUCACCACAGACUGACUCAGAGACCAAACCAGCUGAUGCCACCACAGAAAAUGGUUUACAGGAGCAAGAAGUGUGAAUGUCAAGUUCAGAAGCCUUGAGC